AAGAAAAAUAAAAUACAAAAAGAAUUCGUUCUUCUUCCUCUCUUUUCUCUCACUGACCUCCAGAUCCAAAUCGCUUGAUCUCAUCCGCUUCGAUUUCUCUCCUCCAAACUCCUCCUACGCAGCAGUUAUCUGUUAGUUAAGGCAUGGCGAUAGUCAUUUAUCAAAGGUUAAGUACAAUAGCAGGAGUUCAAUUGUAGCUCCAAUACCACACAUCAAUUUUGGGAUUAGUUUUUUCAAGUUUGUCACUGAUCGGAAAUUGGGUUAUCUAAGUUUUAGCCAUGUCUUCAUCAUAUCUUCCGGCAACGAAUGAUUCAAUUGCCCAGGCUUUGGAAGCCAAAACCCCAUCUGAAUCCAUCUCCAUCCUUUAUCGUAUACUUGAAAACCCUUCCUCUUCUCCCGAAGCUCUGCGCGUAAAAGAACAGGUCAUUUCUAACCUUUCAGACCUUCUUACACAAGAGAAGAAGGGUGAGGAACUUCGAAGUCUUCUUACUCAGUUAAGGCCUUUCUUUUCUGUGAUUCCUAAAGCAAAGACCGCGAAGAUUGUCCGAGGGAUAAUUGAUGCAGUAGCCAAGAUUCCUAAUACCUCUGACCUUCAGAUAUCUCUUUGCAAGGAAAUGGUUCUGUGGACUCGUGCAGAGAAGCGUACAUUUCUCAGACAGCGUGUUGAGGCAAGACUUGCAGCGCUUUUGAUGGAAAGCAAGGAGUAUUCAGAAGCAUUGACCCUUCUGUCCAGUUUGGUCAAGGAGGUGAGGAGACUGGAUGACAAGCUUCUUCUUGUUGACAUCGACUUGCUAGAGAGUAAACUCCAUUUCUCUUUGAGAAACCUUCCCAAGGCAAAAGCUGCCCUAACUGCUGCAAGAACAGCUGCAAAUGCCAUCUAUGUUCCACCAGCCCAACAGGGUACCAUCGAUUUGCAGAGUGGGAUUCUCCAUGCCGAAGAAAAGGACUAUAAAACAGCAUACAGCUAUUUCUUUGAAGCAUUUGAAGCCUUCAAUGCCCUUGAAGAUCCUAGGGCAGUCUAUAGCCUCAAGUACAUGCUGUUGUGCAAGAUUAUGGUAAGCCAGGCUGAUGACGUGGCAGGGAUAAUAUCUUCAAAAUCAGGCUUGCAGUAUGUGGGGCCAGAACUGGAUGCUAUGAAAGCAGUGGCUGAUGCUCACUCAAAACGGUCACUAAAGCUCUUUGAAUCUGCCCUUCGUGACUACAAGGCCCAGUUGGAUGAAGACCCGAUCGUCCACAGGCACCUUUCCACCCUGUACGACACGCUUUUGGAGCAGAAUCUUUGCAGGUUGAUCGAGCCUUUUUCACGAGUUGAGAUUGCUCAUGUUGCUAACCUGAUUGAGCUGCCAGUAAGUCAUGUUGAGAAGAAGUUGUCUCAAAUGAUUCUUGACAAGAAGUUUGCUGGUACAUUGGAUCAAGGUGCAGGGUGCCUCAUCAUCUUUGAUGAUCCCAAGACAGAUGCAAUUUUCCCAGCAACAUUAGAAACCAUUUCCAACAUCGGGAAGGUCGUGGACAGUCUCUAUACAAGGUCCGCCAAGAUAAUGGCUUAAGAUUGUCAGUGAUGUGACUCCGGAUUAUUGAUGGCCCUGCAAUUCUUUACUCGAAAGAUUAUUCAUGUAGUUGAUUUGUAUUUCAUUCUAGACAGGUUAAUCUUGGCAUUCGUUUUUUUUUGUUCCCCGUUUAAUGCGGUUUGUGCAAUAGAUACUAGAUCGAGUUGGUCAUUUGCAGGCUGAUAAUCAUUAAACUGGAUUGCGUGCUGCGCUCGAUUUCCGUUGGAAAAUCAUGCAGCUCAAAACCAAAUGAACAGACUUUUGACAAUUUCUCUAUUGUUGAGUUACUUAUCA